UAAAUACCCUUAAGGAAAUGCUUAAUAAUGGCUUAAUAAUCCAAUCGAGUGCAAAGGGUAAUUCUGUUUAAACGGUUUUAGAAACCAUCAACUUUUUCCUUCCCUCCAAUUCUCUCUUGCUAUAAUAAACCAGUCUUCUUCUUCUUCUACUUUCCUUUUCUUCUUUUGGCUCUCUCCAAACAAACAACAAGAAUAUAUUAUAUAUAUAUAUAUAUAUAUAUCAAAAAGAGAUUUCUCACUCACUCUCUUUCGCUGUUCUGAAGAGAAAAUCACUACUGUUACAGUCAAGGUUCAGAUUUUUUUUUCUGUUAUUCCUAAAAGCUUUUCCAAGCUUCAUUCGGAAAUGCAAAACGACAAUUUUGCAACCGUCUAUGGCGACCUCGCAGCCAAGCAAUCGAAAGAUCACCAGAGCGACGGAGUUUUCUCUUCCUCCACCACCUCAUCCUCCACUUCCGCCGCUUCUGUCUUCGCUCUUUACCAUCCUCGCAUCCUCAUGCAACAACAUCAAGAUAUGAUCAACCGCCACAACCUCUGCCUCACUCGCCUCCGUGAAGCUGCAAAGGAAGUCGAGGCACUCCGCCAAGAGAAUACCUCCCUUCGAUCUGCCAACCGAGAUCUCAACAAGCAACUCAGCGCACUGAUCCAAGUCUCUGUGCAGAACCACUUUUCAUCAACUGAUUACAAAACCACGCCGUUUGAGUUGGUGAACGCGUUGCGAGGACUUUGUCUCGGUAGUGGCGGUGGAGGAGAGGUAGAUGUUUCUGAUGAGAGUCCGACGAGUGUGAUGGAAGGUGGUGCGGUGGACGUGGAGCGGGUCAUGUUACCUAAGAGCAUAUCUGUUAGGUCUAAUGGAUAUCUGAAGAUGAUGAAUCAAGCUGGAGCGAGCCAUCGUGGUAAAACUCGUGGACCAACUCGGACUGGAAAUACCUCUCAACUCAGUGGAGCGGUGAAUGUGCAGCAGAAGGUGUACGUUCAGGGCGGAAAGAAGGAGGAAGAGCCGCUUGAAUUGGAAGUGUACAACCAAGGCAUGUUCAAAACUGAACUCUGUAACAAAUGGCAAGAGACUGGUGCCUGUCCUUAUGGCGAUCACUGCCAAUUUGCUCACGGCAUUGAAGAGCUCCGCCCUGUAAUCCGCCACCCUCGCUACAAGACUGAGGUUUGCAGGAUGGUCCUUGCUGGUGAUGUCUGUCCCUAUGGGCAUCGAUGCCAUUUUCGCCAUGCACUUACUGAACAGGAGAAGUUCAUGGACCACCUCAAGCCCAGGAACAGGUAAAUAAUGGGAGAACAACAUAUUGGUUGCUUGUUGUAGAGAUCAAUGUUCAUAAUCAUAAUCAUAAUCCUGAACCCCCAAAAAUUUGUUAAAAGUAUUAUAUGCAUAAGGUAGGAAGGAAGUUUACAGGUAUGGUGGACGUAUAUACAAUUGGAAUAAUUAGCAUCAUAAGAAACACACAAGUUAGUAGAUGGAGAUUGGAAGAGGCUUUGUGGUCCUGGAAGGUGGGAGAUUUGUUGAGGUUAUUAGAGGUAUUCACUUUUUUUUCUUUUUCUUAAUAUCAUUGUUUCUUCAAGUAUGAUAUUAAAGCAUAAUCCUUACUUGGGAUGUUUGGUGUGCUUAAACCAAUCCAAUGUGGAACAAAAAGAAAAGAAAAGAAAAGCAUUAAUAGUGAUGAUGUUCUUGAUUCUGGCAAA